GGGAGUGGAGGUGGUGCAGGACAAUGGAGAUGGGACGGUCAACUUUGCGUGGGGAUCCCCCAGGGGACCAAAGGCAGCGGGAACCGGGGAGGGGGGCAGCCUGGACAGGAGAGGACCGUCCUAGGGUACAGACAAGUUCCGAACUCCCACCCAGGGAUCCCCGACAUUUUCCAGGGGCCAGGCAAACGGCCCCCCGAAAGAGGUCUGUGAAUCAGGAGAGCAGGCAAGAGGCACACCACGCCGAGACAGGGGUCCGGGGAUCCGGGAUGUGCACACAGCGCCUGGAUGGAGGACACUUGGGGGCAGGCGAGCGAGGAAUCAGAACACAAAGCCCGAGGCCGCCGGGGAUGGCAGCGUUGUGCGGCAGAGGCAGCGGAGGCGGCGGGAGCGGAACGACCCACUCAGAGCACAGAGCUGAGGACCACAGAAGCAGGACGGCGCAGAACGGAGUGCAAGAGCCCAGCUGGCUGUGCGAGGGAGACCGGCAUGCAGUCCGGGGGUACCGGAACAUCGGCGGGGGAACCGAACCCAAGUAGGGUUCGGAGUGAGGCUUCGGAGUGAGGCUCUGGAGAGGCGUUCGGGCACUGCCCCCGGGGAUUCCCAGACCGGCUGUGACUCCAGAUUAAGGCGGUAGAAGAGAAGCCCAAGCCGCCGCUACCCCCGACCCCCCCAGCUCUCUUGUUUGUCUCCAAGUCCGGCCGGAACCGGCUUCUGCUCGCCGCGGGGCGGGCGGGUGGCUGCUGAUUGGUGCAUGCCUGUUUCCAGCCUCUGCUCGGCCAAUCAGCGUGCGGCAGUGUUUUUAUCUUGGGGUCGGAAUAAAAGCGCUGGAAUAAAAGGAGGCAGAAAAGGCGCCGGCCGGGCCCGAUACACGCAGGGUACUGCCGAGCGGAACCGGAGCCAGGCCGCCGCGCCACGCCGCGCCACGCCGCGCCAUGGCGCCCACCCUGGCCACUGCCCAUCGGCGCCGCUGGUGGAUGGCCUGCACAGCCGUGUUGGAAAAUCUCCUCUUCUCGGCAGUCCUCUUGGGCUGGGGCUCGCUGCUCAUCAUGCUCAAGUCGGAGGGCUUUUACUCGUACCUGUGUACCGAGUCAGUGCCUGUUUUGCUGUCUCCUGUUUGCUGAUUGCAUAUGGAGCAAGUAACCCAAACUCUCUUUCUGUGCUCAUCUUCGUUUCCCUGGCCCUGAAUGGCUUUGGUGGGAUGUGCAUGACUUUCACCUCAUUAACACUACCCAACAUGUUUGGUGACCUUCGCUCCACGUUUAUUGCCUUGAUGAUUGGAUCCUAUGCCUCCUCAGCAGUCACCUUCCCGGGAAUCAAGGUCAUCUACGACUUUGGUGUCUCCUUCAUUAUCAUCCUUGUGGUCUGGGCCAGCUGCUCUGGAUUGGUUUUCCUCAACUGCUUCUUUAACUGGCCCCUGGAGCCUUUCCCGGGGCCGGAGGACAUGGACUAUUCGGUGAAGAUCAAGUUCAGCUGGCUGGGCUUUGACCACAAGAUCACAGGGAAGCAGUUCUACAAGCAGGUGACCACAGUGGGGCGCCGCCUCAGCGUGGGUAGCUCCAUGAGGAGCGCCAAGGAGCAAGCGGCACUGCAGGAGGGCCAUAAGCUGUGCCUGUCUACCAUUGACCUGGAGGUGAAGUGCAAGCCAGACGCUGCAGCGGCCCCCUCCUUCAUGCACAGUGUGUUCAGCCCCAUAUUGCUACUCAGCCUCGUCACCAUGUGCAUCACACAGCUGAGGCUCAUCUUCUACAUGGGCGCCAUGAACAAUAUUCUCAAGUUCCUGGUCAGCGGGGAUCAGGAUGUAGUUGGCCUCUACACCUCCAUCUUCGGUGUGCUCCAGCUGCUCUGCCUGCUGACAGCCCCUGUCAUUGGCUACAUCAUGGACUGGAGGCUGAAGGAGUGUGAAGAUACCUCUGAGGAGCCUGAAGAGAAAGAUGCCAACCAAAGUGAGAAGAAGAAGAAGCGAGACCGACAGAUCCAGAAAGUCACCAAUGCCAUGCGAGCGUUUGCCUUCACAAACCUGCUGCUUGUGGGCUUUGGGGUGACCUGCCUCAUUCCCAACCUGCCUCUACAGAUCCUUUCCUUUAUCCUGCACACGAUUGUGCGAGGAUUCAUCCACUCUGCUGUUGGGGGCCUGUACGCUGCCGUGUACCCCUCCACCCAGUUUGGCAGCCUCACAGGACUGCAGUCGCUGGUCAGUGCACUCUUCGCUCUCCUGCAGCAACCCCUGUUUCUGGCCAUGAUGGGUCCCCUCCAAGGAGACCCUCUCUGGGUGAAUGUGGGGCUACUUGGCCUGAGCAUGCUGGGGUUCUGCCUCCCCCUCUACCUCAUCUGCUACCGGCGCCAGCUGGAGAGGCAGCUGCAGCAGAAGAGGGAGGAUGACAAGCUUUUCCUCAAGCUGAAUGGCUCAUCCAACCGGGAAGCUUUUGUGUAGUGCCCACCACCUCAGAACUGUGGCCUGCCCUCGCUUCAGUGACUCACCAGUGUCCUUCUCUCCAUCCCAGAGGACCUCCGUGCACCCUCAGGAUCCUCUCCUUCACAUUUUUGGAGUCCACGCUCUUUCCCAGGGCCCUGGUCCUGCCUUGGAGCUCUGCUGUGGAAGGAUGGGAGAGGGCCCGGAUGUUCAGUUUUCCUACUGCUGGAAGCAAAGGCAGCCUUGGACUUUGCUCUGCCAUCCUCGGGGGGACCCUGGGGUCCUGAGGCUCUGUGGUGCCUGCAGGGGGAGCAAGGAGGGCCCCCAGCAGGCAGGCUCUCUCCCUUAAGUGUCUGGAUUCUGCCUCUUGCCAAAGCAGAGGGGUCUGCCAUCUAUUGCCUGCCAACUACCCCUCGGUUGCAUGACCACUGGCCACACCUACCCAAGGACAAAGGCUUGCGCUGCCUGCACCCCCUUGCCUGGCCCCUCGACCUCCUCCCUUGGUCAGUCUGAGGCUGCCUGAGGAAGGAAGGACCCGCUUCCUGUUGUUGGUGCUAACUCCUUUGUAAUUCCAGCCCCCUGUAGCCUGUCUAUGACCUGUCCUGCUGUUAUAGGCCUGUGGAGAAGCCCCCCUGGUUUAAAGCCUGGGGAGGGGAUGGAGGGCUGGAUAGUCAGGCAUGGCUCAGAAGCCAAGGACAAGGCUGCUUCGUAGUCCCUCACCUCCUCCCUCAGGGAGAAGAGCAAGUUUCCACUGCCACCCUCCAUCCAGUCUGUGACCUGAAGGGAAUUAAAACCACACCAACAGGG